AUGGAGGCAUCUGCUUUGAAGGCUUGGGAGUUGGACAACAAUGUCCAGCUAGUCGAUCCCAAACGCGACGCUCUCUACAACUUCGACGCCGAUGCUCAGAAGGUCAUAAACAACGAGAAGGCAUGGAAGCAAACACCAGACUAUUUCAAGCAUGUGCGAAUAAGCGCUACUGCUCUUAUAAAGAUGACCAUGCACGCGCGAUCUGGCGGCAACCUUGAGGUCAUGGGCUUGAUGCAAGGCUACACCCACCAGGACACAUUUAUCGUCACCGACGCAUUCCGACUGCCUGUUGAAGGAACAGAGACUCGUGUCAACGCCCAAGGCGAAGCGAACGAAUAUCUUGUCGAGUAUCUUGAUCUAUGUCGAGCGCAGGGCCGACAGGAGAACGUGGUGGGCUGGUACCACAGCCACCCAGGCUACGGAUGCUGGCUGAGCGGUAUCGAUGUCGAUACAGAGGCCAUGCAGCAGAAAUGGCAGGAUCCUUUCCUUGCCGUCGUUAUCGACCCCGAUCGCACUAUCAACUCAGGCAAGGUCGACAUUGGCGCUUUCAGAACCUACCCGGAGGACCACCAGGCUGGCACAGUCACCUCUGAUGGCUUCCAGGCAGUGCCGCUCGCCAAGGCUGCCGAGUUUGGUGCUCAUGCAGGCCGCUACUACAGUCUCGAAGUGUCCCAUUUCAAGAGCUCUCUCGACUCGCAUCUCCUUGAGCUCCUCUGGCACAAGUACUGGGUACAGACUCUUAGCCAGAACCCACUGAUCACGAACCGCGACUAUGGCAACAAGCAGAUGCUCGAUUUGAGCUCUAAGAUCAAGGACGCGAUGACAGGCAUCACGAGAAGCCGAAAUGGACAAGGCAUGAUGGGUACGAGCCAUAAGGGCUCCGACAAGGCCAUGGACAAGCUGGCAAAGGAAGCCAGCCUCAUUGCAUCUAAGGAGAGGUCUGGUCUGGUUGCUAAUCAGGUCAAGGCUAGCGUUUUCAACGACCUUGGGUUAAAGGCUGAAGAACCAACAUCGUGA